UUUCAUUAAGUUUCACCUUUAGUCAAGCAGCAAGCACGGUUUCGCCCUGCGUAAAACAGCCACUAUGCCUACAACGAACGUUGUUGACGAGCGAAUCUCCAAAUUCAAAAACAAGGGGAAGGAUCCAGCAAAACUUCGAGAUAAACGGAUCUCUGCGUGCGUGGAGCUGCGCAAAGCUAACAAAGAUGAAAACUUCAUGAAGAGAAGAAACAUCUCGGUGGACCUCUCUUCUGAUUACAUCUCCAACGAGAUGGUGGCCUCGUUAGUCAUUGAGGAUAUCAUUAAAGACGUGAACUCCAACUGCAGGGAGUCCCAAACCCGAGGGUGCCAGGCCGCCAGGAAGCUGCUGUCUCAAGAGCGUAACCCCCCUCUGAAGGAGAUCAUAGAUGCAGGGCUGCUGGUGUGCUUUGUGUCCUUCCUGAGUAUGGAUGAUGAGCCCAAUCUGCAGUUUGAAGCAGCUUGGGCCCUUACAAACAUCGCCUCUGGGACAUCUUGGCAUACUCAACAGGUGGUGGAACAUGGAGCUGUACCAUCCUUCAUCGCCUUGCUGGCUUCACCCAUAUUGCACAUCAGUGAACAGGCCGUCUGGGCUCUUGGAAACAUUGCAGGUGACGGUGCAGUUUAUCGAGACAUCCUGAUUGAGUGCAAUGUCGUCCCGGCCUUACUGGCACGAAUCAGCCCGGACACACCAGUUGGCUACUUGCGUAACCUGACAUGGACAUUAUCCAACCUGUGUCGGAAUAAGAACCCGUUCCCCCCCUUGUCUGCAGUCCUGCAAAUGCUUCCCUCUUUGAUUCAGUUGCUCCAUCUCAGUGAUAAGGACAUCUUGUCUGAUGCAUGCUGGGCAAUCUCUUACCUCUCAGACGGCGACAAUGACCGCAUUGAUAUUGUUGUGAGAACUGGCAUCGUCCCUCGGCUGGUGGAGCUCAUGAGCCACGAGGAGAUCAGUGUCAUGACCCCGGCUCUCCGCUCAAUCGGGAACAUAGUGAGUGGCUCGGACCUCCAGACCCAGGUGGCCGUUGAUGCCGAAGUUCUAAAAGUCAUACCUGUACUGAUGAGGCACCAGAAGCCCAGUGUUCAGAAGGAGGCAGCGUGGGUGUUAUCCAACAUUGCUGCAGGACCAUGUAGGCAAAUCCAACAGCUGAUCACAUGUGGCCUGCUCCCUCCCCUGGUGGAACAGCUCAAAAAUGGAGACUUUAAAACUCAAAGGGAGGCAGUGUGGGCAGUGACAAACUUCACCAGUGGGGGCACUGUGGAGCAGGUGGUCCAUUUGGUGCAGAGUGGGGCCCUGGAGGCAAUCAUCAACCUGUUGCAGGUCAAAGAUGCUAAAGUCAUCCUGGUCAUACUGGAGGCCAUCAACAACAUCUUCAUGGCAGCAGAGAAGCUCGGGGAGACUGAGAAACUGAGCCUUUUGGUUGAAGAGCUUGGAGGACUUGACCGUAUUGAGAUGCUGCAGAGCCAUGACAAUGAGUUGGUGUACCAGGCUGCUCAUACCCUCAUAGAGAAGUACUUUGGUGAUGGUGAUGUCGUGGGAGUCAAAGUCGAGAGUACAGAGGAAGCAUUUGUAUUCAAGACUUCUGAUGUGAAGAGAACUUUUGAAUUUUAAACGUACUAUUGUAUGCUUUUGAAUUCAUGUUGAAUAAAUAAAGGUUGUAUAUUAAC